CAAGACGGUAAUCCCAUAAAUGUGCGCGCCACACACAGUGGAAGUUUAAAACGAGCAGAGAUCGUCGCUGAAUUGUUCACCACCAUGCCACCCAAGAGAGACGCAGGUGCGACUGCAGCACAGCCACCCAUUAAGAUGAUAAAGAUCGAUAACGUUACAGAUGCACAAGAGUUUGGCUGUCAUUCAGGCGAGGAUAAGUUUAGGCUCCAUGAAGAGGCCAGCUACUCACCUUAUCCCAACAAUGACCUUGACACUAUUGAAUUUGAUGAAGACAAUGUUGCAAGCCCGGGAAUCAGAACAGACACCAUCAGCCUUCUCAUGAAAAUAGAGCAGCUGCAGGCACAACUGAAAUAUGAACGCAGAUGCAGAAUUUUGGCUGAGAGAGAGCUGAGGGAACUCAAAGAGAUGAACACUCUCAUGAUGCAGAUGAGGCACACGGCACAUGAACUGCGGGUCACCCUGGAUCAUGUUCUCCACGGAGGCGAAGGAGCAGUUGCGCCACAAAACUCUGAUGAGACUAUCUCUUUCCUGACUGAGCCUGAGGCAGAAAUGAGAGCGCUUCAUAAUAUACCAGAGGAUGACCACAAUUUCAUCUAUCUCUCAGAGAAUCUUCGAGUGCCAAAAAAUCUUUAUGAGCGCAUUGCAGAAAUUGCAGACUACAAGAAGUACACUUCAGCCCUGCUCAUGAUACUUUUUGACAGAGAAACGCUGGCCACCCACUCUCUGCAGGGCCGUAGGAAUACCUUUACGGGAGAGGAUUGCCACAAGCCACAGCUCCCACCUGAGAUUUUGAAAAGUUUAAUCGAUCAUGUGGCAGCCAAGUUCAGUGUUGACAGCAGCCAAAUAAAAACCGCAAUCCGCACAAAGUUGAACAAUGAGGAUAAAUUAUUGAAGAAGAGACUGGGGUUGGGUAAAACAGAAAACAGAGCUAAUGCUGAGCAAAGCUUUUGCCAAGAUGCCUCGCUUCUGCCCGACGACGGAGCAAUGACAAGUGACUCUCAGUUAUAGUCCUUCACCUCUGUCUUCAUCCGUUGGUCACACGUAUUUCAUGUCUGAUAGAAAUAGGUCACAGAUUGCCUUUUUUAUCCACUAUAGUUCAUUCAGCAUUAAAAUCUAGUUCUUUAUUUUUUAA